CCUUAUUGGGAUUUGGGAGUAGUGUACACUCUUCAAGUUUCAUGUUUCUGAAUUCUAGGAUAAUUAAAAUGGAUAGAAAAAAGAGGGAAAAUGACCCAAUUCCAAGAAAACAUGGAACAAAAUAAUAAACCAAAAGUCUGAGAGAAAUGUAAAAAUACCAAACAAAAUAAACUAGAAAAAAAAUGGCACUGCUUUCCCUUCAAUCCUCUUCCUUCACCAAUAAACCUCAUCUCUUACUCUUCAAAACUCUUCCAACCAAACCCAAAUUCACCAUCUUUUGUCUAGAUUCAUCAUCUUCAGAAUCUCAAUCUUCAAAACCCAUCAUUAAUAAUGACCCAAUUGAGCAAUCUUCUGAUAAAAAACCCAUUUCUUCAACCGGGCAAGGAUUCGGGUCAACCCAAUUACCCAAACCAUCAUCCUCAACUGGGAAGAAGAAAGGGAAGAGAGAAAGAGCUUCAAUUAUACGGCGUAAUCCAGUGGAAAAACCAGCUUUUUUGGGUAAAAAAAAUGGGGUUGAGGAAGAUAAUCAACAAGGUGUGAAUGAAAGAGCUUUUUUGCUUACUUGGUUGGGCCUUGGCUGUGUUAUUCUUGUUGAGGGCAUUGUUCUUGCUGCCUCAGGAUUACUUCCAGAAGAGUGGGAUAAGUUCCUCGUAAAGUUUCUGUACCCAUCUUUCACUCCCACAGUGUUCUUGUUUGUUGCUGGAACAGUCGUAUAUGGUGUUCAGAAAUACUUGCAGAAUGAAAAUGCAAGAGAAGAAAAAUGAUGGUUUUCUUAAUUAGAGCCGCUGGCACAUUUGAUAUUGCCCCUCUGUUCUUAGCACUCUCACAUUCACUGAUGCUGGAUUGUAUACAUUUUUAUUGUCAUUGAACUCAAUUGAGAAGCAGUGAUUGACUCAAAGCUUGCACUUUGCUGGGUGCAGGGUAGAGACUUUUGUUACCUGUAUUCCUAUUGUCUAGUGUAUGUAAAGCUGUAUUUAUGUAAAUUUGAGAUGGUGAAUUAGAUGUAUGUUCAGCUCUACUGAUUUAAAACACUGCAAGUUUUAACAUUUUUGAUAAUGUAAGCAACUGCAGACUUGGUGGCAUGAUGUCUUCAUUUUUCAAUAAUGAUUCCCAAUAUUAUUAU